CUCAAAUCUUUCCAUACCUCGACAUACACUUAUCCCAACUACAUGGCAAUGGCAGAAACCGAGACUACACCGCUCCUCGUCGAUGUGGGCGCUGAUGCAGCUCACAUCGAAUAUGUCCCAGCCUCGGCUCAUUUCCAUCGAGCCAUCAAGAGACUCACCAUAGCUAUUCUUGUCCUUUCAGCCAUCACUCUUCUAAAUCUUCUUCUCGGAUUCUUUCUUGUCGCGGUUUGGCCUUUCCAUUGGGCUGUUGGAGCCCCUGAAGUGCUAUUUCUGAUACUUGUUCGUCCCAUUCUUCUCCCCACCUCAACCGCAACCUCAACCUUGCCGAUUCUUCCAAUCAUAAUUAACAUCAAAUAGAUACUCAUCGCAACCUUCGUUUCCAUCAUCAACCUCAAUAUCAACGUUGCCGUGCUCUUGAACCUCAUCGUCGACGUCAUACUUUCCUUCUACAUCAUUGCAUGGUCUUUUACUCUGAUUAUGGGCUACAUAUUCAUCGACAUGUGCAGGAUGGAAGUAGGAUAUCCGAGGCCUCCAGAUCUAGAUAGAGGAACGCCUCCUCCAGGUUGUCGUGGCUGGAUGGUAGCGACCUGGGUUCUACUUAGUAUUGCUUACGGGCUGGGGCUCAUCAUUGGGUAUGUUUCUUCUGCGCAACAUUCAAGCUUUAGAUCCUCUCUUGUGACUGUAUCUCGUCGACAGAUGCUUUCUACAUGCUUUGAAAUCCUCGUUUGCUAUUGACUAUGAGGCACAAGCCCUGCUAAUGGUCGAGUAGCCUCCUUCAUCUAGUGUUGGUGGUCCUUCGGACCAUUGCCCUUUUCCGAACCGAGUUCUGGAGUCUUUCAGCAGGG